AUGCAAGACGAAUCUGAGGCCGGCGGACGCGCGCUGGCGCGGCGCCGCGGUAGCUGCGGAGGGCAGAAAAAAUCGCCGUCGACAAUCUCUGCGUCAUCAUCCCGGCCAGAGGACAAGAUGGCUGGCAAGAAGAUUGCGGGUGUGCUAGGCGCGACGGGCUCCGUGGGGCAGCGGUUUAUCCUGCUGUUGGCGGACCACCCUGACUUUGAGCUGAAGGUGCUUGGGGCAUCGCCGCGAUCCGCUGGCAAGCGGUAUGCGGACGCGGUGAAUUGGAAGCAGACCGAGCUGAUGCCGGCGUUUGCCGAGGACAUCGUGGUGAGCGAGUGCAAGGCUGAGGCAUUUUGCGGCUGCGACGUUGUGUUCUCUGGGCUCGAUGCGGACUACGCAGGCCCCAUCGAGCGGGAAUUUGCGGACGCCGGACUGGCUGUUGUCUCGAACGCCAAGAAUCACCGCCGGGAGGAUGACGUGCCGCUUGUGGUCCCAAUCGCCAACUCUGAGCACCUGGAGAUGGUGCAGCAGAAGCUGGAAUCUGCUGCAGCGGAAGGCCGGGCCCGGCCGGGUUUCAUUGUGUGUAUUUCCAACUGUUCCACCGCAGGCUUGGUUGCUCCUCUGAAGCCGCUCGUGGACGCGUUUGGCCCCAUCGAUGCGCUCUCUGUGACCACGAUGCAGGCCAUUUCUGGCGCCGGCUUCUCGCCAGGCGUGCCCGGGAUUGACAUCCUGGACAACGUUAUCCCGUACAUUGGCGGAGAGGAGGACAAGAUAGAGUGGGAGGCGAAGAAGAUACUGGCACCUCUGAACGCGAGCAAGACUUCUGUGGAACUACUCUCCGAUGAGGAGCUUCGCGUAUCUGCGCAGUGCAACCGUGUUGCGGUCUCGGACGGCCACACCGAAUGCGUCUCGCUGCGUUUCCGCAACCGCCCUGCGCCCUCUGUCGAGGCGGUGAAGAAGUGUCUGCGCGAGUACGUCUGCGAGGCCACCCACUUGGGUUGCCACUCGGCGCCAAAGCAGGCUAUCCACGUUUUGGAGCAGCAAGACAGGCCACAGCCCCGGCUAGACAGACUCAGAGAUGCCGGCUACGGUGUUUCCGUCGGCAGGGUCCGCGAGGACCCUGUGCUCGACCUCAAGAUGGUCGUGCUCUCGCACAACACUAUUAUCGGCGCUGCCGGCGCAGGUAUUUUAAUUGCAGAGCUCCUGCUGGCUCAGCAGAUGAUUUAG